AUGUCGACGAUGCAAGGCUUGACGUGGUCCGAUGACCAGGCCCUGCCUCCCGUCGAGGGAGGACUUGACGAUAUCACAAUGACGACCGCACAGGGUAUCCAGGGCAACACCAGCGGACAGAUGUCGCCCGUGAGCCCUCUAGAGACCCCCGUGGACGGCUCCGUGGCCCCGACCAUGGCCAACUCGACCUCGUCGUCCUGCGAGGAGUCGUGGGGCAACAUUGACCAGGACGAUGCCGACAAUGAUAUUCGCUGGGAGCAGAGUUCGGAUGACGGCCUGGCCGUCACCAAGCUAGAGCCCACAGAGGACGACGUCGACUUUGACGAUCUCAAAUCAGCCCCCACCGCACCUACAACCCCCAUCGAACCAUUACCCACCGUCAACGGUCAGCAGCAGCAGCAGCAGCAGCAGCACCAGCAGCAGCAGCAACAGCAGCAGCAGCAGACCAAGCAGAAGCGACCUAGGGGCCGUCCAAGGAAGCAUCCCCUCACCCCCACCGUCAAUGCCAACAAGGUCACCAAGGGUCGGUCAAAGACGGGAUGCAUCACCUGCAGGAAGCGCAAGAAGAAGUGCGACGAGGCCAAGCCACGGUGCAUGAACUGUGAAAAGAAUGCCGUCGUCUGCGAGGGCUACCAUGAGAAGCAGAUAUGGAAGAGCGGCAAGGAAAGGGCUCAGGAUGAUCGCCUGAGAGUAGAGACGGUCACCAGCAUAAGCCUACCUCCCCUCUUCCACGGGGUAGAGACGGUCGAAGACCAGAUCUUCUGGAAGCACUACGUCAACAACUUUAGCAACGUGCUCACCGUCGAGGGAGAGGCCAAGAACGCCUUCAAGGACAUCAUCCUGCACCUGGCUAACCAGCACCAGGGACUGAUGCACUCGAUCCUGUCGGUCAGCAGCAGGCACAUCGACUUCGACGCGCCGUACGGCGUCAAGGUCCUGCAGGAGAACCCGACGACGAACCGCCAGGCCCUGGAGGAGAGGUCGGCGCACCACCACGACGAGGCCAUGAAGCGCUUCUACGAGGACAACGCCAACUCGGUCGACAAGACGGACCCGCUCUACCAGACGGAGGAGUACCAGACGACGCUGUCGGCCAGGUACGGCCAGAUCCUGUGCAGGUUCCUCCAGACCCGGGCCGAGGGCAACGCCAGCGGCGAACACCGCCUCCACCUCAAGGCCUACCAGACCCUCAUCGACGGCUGCCCGCCGCUGGAUCCCACCUUCUUCGCCUUCAUCACCGAAUUCUUCCAGUACCACAUCUACGCCGACGACAUGAUGUGGCACCCCGACACCAGCGUCGAGCGCCUGACGAACGGCUUCUGGGAGCCGUCGGCGCCCAUCCCGACGCCGCGCCUGCUCGGCGUCGCCGACGGCCUCCUGCACUACAUGGCCCUCAUCACCUGUCUCCGGACGACGAUCCGGGAGAACAUGCUGGCGUCGAGCGACCCGCCGGUCGACUACGUCAUGCUGUUCCGCGCCGCCGAGAUCAACAAUGCCAUACGCGAAUGGGUCCCCAACUGGCCUCCGGGCGACGGCCGCAACCGCGUGGGGCUGCUGUACAAGCAGAUGAUGUUCAUAUACCUAUUCCGCACCGUAUAUCCGCCCUCGUCCACGCCCCGAUCCCGCUCCACCUUUAGCGGCGUCUCGGUCUCGUCCAUGACGUCGUCGUCGUCGUCGUCGUCGACGCCGCCGCAACGCAGGGCCUCGAUGGCGGCAGGCAUCCUGUCGUCGGCCUCGACGCCGACGGGCGGGUUCGGCAUCCCGCCACCACGCGGUGGCGUACCCAACUACGUGUCCCUGGGGAUACUGGAGUCUUUCAGCCCGUCCGAUCCGGCCCAGACGCUCCUCCUCAUCCCCUGCAUGGUGGUGGGCAUAGCCUGCUUCGACCUCGACCGCCGUGAGAGGGUGCGCAAGUCGAUCCGGGCCGUGAGGGGCUACACCGGCCUGCGCAACUGCGACCGCGUCCUGGAAUUGCUAGAGCAGGUCUGGGCCCUCAUGGACGAGGGAGACUGGCUGGCCGUCUGGGAUUGGCAGGCCAUUGCUAAGAAUAUAGGUGUUGACGUCCCUUGUGCCUGA